AUGCAUGUGAAAUAUAGUGAAAUAAAGUCCAUGUUCCAGCAGUCUGAGUCUCCUCAAGGACGUCAGGAGGCAGUCACCAGCGACGAGGCGGCGGACACGAUCGGAGUUGCAGCGACAUGCAGUAGAGAACAGAAGGGUGUCGGCAGUACGUUGAUUAGUUCUCAUCUGAAUUACGGAGGCGGUGGACACGGUGGAGGAGGAUACGGAGGCGGUGGACACGGUGGAGGAGGAUAUGGUGGAGUAGGAGGUACCUCAAGCAACAAUUCAAUCUUGCUGGCCCUAAAGGUGGAGGUUAUGGUGGCGGAGGAGGACAUGGAGGCGGUGGAUACGGGCAUGGAGGCGGCGGCGGAGGAGGACAUGGAGGAGGUGGAUAUGGCUAUGGGAAGUAAUGGUGUGCAAGAAUGUUUCAGCAAGUGUUGCAAACUCUCCCCUAUUCCUCUAACUCCGAUCAACUAA